AUGUCCCUUGACUCCAACACCCAGGAUCUCUCGAGCAAGAUCGCGUCGUUGCACUCGCGCAUCUCCAAGGAGCACAAGAUCCUCGAAGGCUUCCAGGCGAUGCGCUCCGCGACCUCGAACCAGGACGUGAUCCGCACCUGCGACGCCAAGAUCCGCGAGGCGCAAAAGACGAUCGGCUGGUUCGAGCAGAGCUUGCAAGAGUUGCAACAGCGCGCUGGAGCGGGCGCAGCAGCGGCGGGACAAGGCGUGGGUGGGGUAGGAGGAGCCCACAGUCCCGUCCAACAGCAGCAACACAACUCACAACGCGGCACAUCGUCCAUGGGUCCCGCGGCUGGAUACGGCAAUCGACCGGGGGCGAACCAACCCUACACCGGUGGAGCACCAGGUGGCAGGGAUCUUCCCGCACCUCCACCCGGCGCGAUGCCGACUUACCUCCAGCACCAGUACGGCCAAGGCUCGAUUGGAGGUACCUCGGGUCGCGGCGACGAUGCUCGCUCCGAGGGUGUCAUCAUGGGCGAAGGAACCGCCGUAGCUAAAGUUCACUACUCCAGUCUGGGUCAGUCUCCAGUCUGGGCCACUGAACCCGAGCGGCUCUUCGGAAGCACUGUGCUGAUCUUGUGACCACGCGCGCAGACCUAAUCAAGGCCGAUACCCCGCUCAACACCGCCAAGAUCUCGCGCAUGCUGCACCAACUCGAAUUCAAGCUGCACGUCGAACGCCAGUACAAAGAAGGCAUCGACAAGAUGGCCAAGCUGUACCUCAUGGACGGCGAUAAGAAGGCGCGCGCCGACACGGAGAACAAGCGCGUCGAGUCGAGGCAGAAGAUGGUCCUGCUCAGCCAGGCGCUCAAGAGGUACAAGACCUUGGACGUGAUGGGCGAACUCGGCGAGGAUGACGAUGGUAAGCAAAGGCUGAUCUUUUCGUUCGAGGUUGCGAACACAUGGCUAAAUCUUACUUCGCCGUCCCCGCUCAGGCAUCUCGGAAGACGUCAAGAACAACAUCCGAAGACCACUCUCGGGUGCCCUGCAGAUCACGAUCCGUCAAGCCCGCGACCUUGCUCACGCACCGCAACCCAAAAAAUCCAAGCACUCGUCUGAAACGGUCAUUUACGUCAAGGUCGAGGACACGCCGCGCGCGCGCACGCACCCUUCCAAGACUGAUCGAUGGAACGAGGACUUUGAAAUUCACGUCGACAAGGCCAACGAGGUCGAGGUGACCAUCUACGAUCGGAUCCCCGGUGCCGAGGCGCCGCAGCCGAUCGGGAUGCUGUGGUUGCGUUUGAGCGACAUCGUCGAAGAGUUGAGGAGGAGGAAGACAGGUGCCGAGGCAGGCCCGGGGUGGGUAACCGCCGCAAGGGUCAAUGCCCAUCCUGGGAGUGGCGGGCAUUUGGGUGCUGCGGGGAUGGACCAACCCGUUAUAGGCGAAGGGUCGGCCGCAAACAGGGCGCUAAGUUAUCGAGGCGCAGGGGGUGAAUUCGGGCAAGCCGGUGGGGCCGGCGAGGGCAUCGAUGCUUGGUUCGCUGUCGAGCCCGAAGGUGCUAUCAUGCUCCAUCUCAACUUUGGUCAGUUCUAAGCCGGCAGCUUGUGGACGUGUACCUUCCGACGCUGACGAUUGCCCCUCAUCUCCACUUUGCUUUGCACAGUCAAAUCAAACGUGCGUAAGCGCCCCUACGACGCCGGCGGGCUCGGUCGACAAGGCGCUGUGCGCAAGCGAAAGGAAGAGGUCCACGAACAGAACGGCCAUCAAUUCGUGCAAAAGCAAUUCUACGCCGUCGUGCUGUGCGCGCUCUGCGGCGAGUUCUUGCUCAAGGGUGCGGGGAUGCAGUGCGAGGACUGCAAGUACGCGUGCCACAAGAACUGCUACCAGAAAGUUGUGACCAAGUGCAUCAGCAAGUCCAACGCCGAUUCUGAGAAGGACGAAGAACAGAUCAACCACCGCAUCCCGCAUCGAUUCGAACCCAUCACCAACAUCUCUCCCAACUGGUGCGCGCACUGCGGUCUCGUGCUCCCCCUAGGUCGCAAGCAUGCGCGCAAGUGUUCCGAGCCCAACUGUGGUAUCACGGCCCAUGCCGAAUGCGUCCACCUCGUCCCCGAUUUCUGCGGCAUGUCCAUGGUCAUGGCCAAUCAGUUGUUGAGCGACAUCAAAAAGAUCAACGACGCCAAAUCGGGCGCACGUAGGGCCAACCAAGCCGUCGCUCCUCGACCUGGUCGAGUGGCCGGGACAGGGACCGCUCAGCCUUCGCCUUAUGCGCAAUCAACGACAACGGUGGGCACGACGCCGGUUCGACGCUCAGAGACCUCGAGUGAUGCAGGCUACGGUGCUGGUCUGCCGCCGCAACAACAAGGGUAUAGACCGUCCGAAGAGCUGGCGGGAGAGAUGGGCCGCGUCAACCUCCAAGGGGGCGCAGCGCCUACUUCGACUUCGCGGCCGCCACAGUCGGCAGGACCGGCCGCGGCGGACUACAGCUCGUAUGGUCAACAGCCCAUAUAUGGUGCGGGGGGAAUGCAGCAGCAGCAACAGCCGACCGCCUAUGGCCAAAACCGAACGAGCGCACAAGCAAGCUCCCCCGUGUCUUCGACGCGUCAAAGCACGAGCUCGACCUCGACGAUCGCGAGCUUUGGCAACGAUUUGCAAGGUUCGAGUCUCGGGUCGUCGGACCCGAUCCGAGGGGCACAACAGUCGUCGCAGCAGAAGCAGUCAUACCCCGGUGGUGCAUACUCGUCGUCGCAGUACACUUCGACGGCUCCGACGAGCGUGUCGUCGCAACAUUCGUUGGGCUCGUACGGUCAACAACAACCUGCGCCCCAACAACCUCAGCCGAACGUAGGCUACGGCGCUCAAAGGGACCAGUACACCGCACCUUCGAGGUACGAGCCGGUGGCGCAAUCGCCCUCGGAAUACACCUCUUCCUCUUCCUCGCAAAUCCCGACCCGCCCCAGCGGUGUUACCACUUCCUCUUCCUCCCAGGCCGCGUCGCAGCAAUCUCCGUCGCCGCAGAGUCGUCUUUCCCCUUCCAACUCGGACCCACGUCUCGCGGCGUCCGCACAACAGCAGCCGCAGCAGCAACAAGGCGCACCCAAGACGCCUCAGCAACAGUUGCAGCAGCAGCAGGCCGAGCAAUACAAGCACCUACGAGAGCUUGAAGAACGCGAACACCAGAAACAGUUGCAGCAACAGCGCUUGGUGCAGCAGCAUCAACUACAGCAGCAACAGGUUCCGCCGCAACAACCUCAAGGAGCGUACGAGGAUGCCCAGAUGACCCCUGACGUCUCGUCGCUGCCCCCCGUUCCCCCGCAAUCGAGCGCUGUGCGCCGUGGUCUUCAGCCGCCCGUCACGAUGCCCGCUCCUCUCCCCGUGGCUGCUCCAUCGCGCCGCCGUAUUGGCCUCGACGAUUUCAACUUCCUCGCCGUGCUCGGUAAGGGUAAUUUUGGAAAGGUCAUGUUGGCCGAGGAAAAGGUUUCGAGCCAAUUGUACGCCAUCAAGGUGCUCAAGAAGGAGUUCAUCAUCGAGAAUGACGAGGUCGAGUCGUAGGUUGUCAUUGCUAUUCUGUGCGUGUCGAUAUUGACACUGACCUCGUUCCGCACCACGCUGUUGCACAGCACCAAGUCGGAGAAACGAGUCUUCCUCGCAGCCGCGCGGGAACGUCACCCCUUCCUACUCGGUCUUCACUCGUGCUUCCAGACCGAGACACGCAUAUACUUUGUGAUGGAGUACAUCUCCGGCGGUGACCUCAUGCUCCACAUCCAGCGCGAGCAAUUCACCCCACGUCGAGCGAAGUUCUACGCCGCCGAGGUCCUGCUCGCGUUGGAGUACUUCCACACCCAAGGGAUCGUGUACCGCGAUCUCAAGUUGGACAACAUUUUGUUGACGCUCGAUGGGCACAUCAAGGUUGCUGAUUAUGGGUUGUGCAAGGAGGACAUGUGGUUUGGCAAGACGACCUCAACGUUCUGUGGAACGCCCGAGUUUAUGGCUCCCGAGGUAAGACUGUUCUACCGACCGGUCCUGUUUCUCACCCGGUCUCAAAGUGCUGACUUUGGAGCUUAUUCUUGUAGAUCAUCCUCGAGCAACGCUACGGCCGCGCCGUCGAUUGGUGGGCCUUUGGUGUGCUCAUCUACGAGAUGUUGUUGGGUCAAUCGCCCUUCCGAGGUGACGACGAGGACGAGAUCUUUGACGCCAUCCUCGAGGACGAACCCUUGUACCCCAUCCACAUGCCCAAGGACUCGGUCUCGAUCUUGCAGAAGGUUCGUCCACUUGCAGCUGCUUUGAUUGACCACUGAACAAAGAUGCUGACCGCUUCAUCUUACUUUACCGCUCACAGCUGCUCACACGCGAUCCGACCCGACGCUUGGGAGCUGGCGAAUCUGAUGCGGCCGAGAUCAAGGCCCACCUCUUCUUCAAGGACACGAACUGGGACGACAUCUUCCACAAGCGUGUCCCUUCGCCCUUCUUCCCCAACAUUGUGAGUGUUGGCUUUGCGCACGGUGGAGUUGAGUGAGAUGCUGAUGCUGAUGCUUCUGUUCUGAAUUCGAUUCGCAAACAGACUUCGGCAACGGAUACGAGCAACUUUGACUCGGAGUUCACCAAGGAACAACCGACGUUGACGCCCGUGCAUUCGACCUUGUCGGCGCAAGACCAGGGCGAAUUCGCCGGCUUCAGUUGGACCGCCGCUUGGUGA